AUGGUAGAUCAUAAAGAAAUACUACGACCAAAGUAUAGUUUCGAUGAUAACCCAUCCUUAGCAGGCAAAGUCGCCCUUGUCACAGGAGCCAACACUCCAGAUGGUGUCGGUUAUCACAUCGCCCAUCAACUCGCUCUCAAGGGAGCAAAAGUCUACAUCGGCGCCCGUAAUCUUCAAAAGGCAACAAAAGCUAUUAGAACUAUGGUUGCCGAAUCACCGCAGCUAAAACCCGAAUCUCUUGUUCCAUUUGCUGUUGACAUGGGCAAUUUCAAACAAGUGCAAUACGCUGCGAGAAAGGUUGUCGCAGAAGAGCCUCGGCUUGAUAUCCUGGUUAAUAAUGCUGCUGUUCUCGCUAGACCUCUUGAUAAAGACGGCAAUGGCAUCUCAGUCUCAUUUGGCAUCAACCACCUGGGCCCUUUUCUUCUGACCAGGGAGCUGUUACCGCUGCUCAACAAAACUCAAGCUGAACACCCUGGGGUGCGGAUUGUGAAUGUUGCUUCAACGGCUCACUACGAUGUUCCGGCAGGUGCAAAGUUUGGUUCACUGGAGGAUUUUAACGCUACUUACGGGAGCGAGGAUGAACCAUCAGCUAAUUACCUUCGCUACGGCUACUCCAAACUCGCAAGCAUUCUCCACACCAAAGAACUUCAGCGUCGUUUUGACCAAGAAGGAGUUGAUAUCCUCGCACUCAGUGUUCAUCCUGGAGGAGUUGCAACAAAUGGUGCGGCAGGAUAUCUUGGAGGUAGAGACAACGAUAUAUUCCGAUCGAAUCUCUCGCCUUUCGAGGGCGCCAUCACGCCUCUGUUCGCUGCUGCUCACCCGGAACCAGCUCAACACAGAGACAAAUAUGCUGGAUCGUUUAUCAUGCCGUUCGGUGGACUUAAAGAACCAACUGAGGAUGCGAAUAACGCCGAGUUGGCGAAACAGCUUUGGACGACGUCUGAGAAGGUGGUCAGUAGUGUGUUGGAUUGUUUUAUCUGGGAUAGCAUAUUGAUGCCAAUGGGUGGAAUUUUCAACAUUGGGCAAAAGGCAUAG